GCGGGUGUUUGUGUGAAUGCUAUCGUGGCGUAGUUUAUGCUCGUGCCGGCGUUUCUUCUUCCGCAUACGGGUCCUGGUGUUCCCGGGCUCCGUCAUCUUUUGGCGCCGCAGUGCCGAGGCGUCCUAUCGGGUGGAGAUGUCGAAGCAGUUUGCGCUGCACGCCCGGCGUCUGCAGCUGUUCGUCCAGGUCGCCCACAGCACAGGCGCCGCUCCCGCCGGGAUCUCCGUCGAGGAGCUGCUGGUCAGCUGCGUGGUCCUCAGGCGGCUGGCCUGCAACUUCCGCACGCAGGAGCGCGACCAGUCCCGGCCCGGGCAGGCGCGGGUGAAGUUGCUGGUCCUGGCGGUCGACGCGUGGCUCGACGCCGCCGCGGUCCGCCUGGGCGCCGCGGGCCCCACCGCGCCGCUGACCGACUGGCUGCGCAGGGCCCGCGGCCCGCUCCCGGUGCUCGCCGCCAUGGCCGAGGUGCGGCUGGCCGAGGAGACGCUCGCCAGCGCCCAGGGCUGCGGCGAGAGGCUGGAGCAGCUCACGUCCAUCUUCGAGGACCUCCAGACGCCUGGGGGGGGCUGCUUCGACUCCGCAGACCGGCUGCUGCGGGAGCCGCCCGUCGGCUCCCUGAAUCAGCUGAGGGCCCAGCUGCUGCUCAGCCACGCGGGCCGCCGCUGCCGGCUGCGCACGGCCUCGGGGCGCCGGGUGGACGGCAUCUUCGUGCCGUGCGCGCACGGCAAGGACGCGAGGCCCCCGGCCUCCGCUCCGUGCAGCCCGGGCCCCGCCAGCAGCAGGGAGGACGAGCCGCUCAAGGGCUAUGCCCGGAACGGCCUCCGCGGAGAGACUUCCAGCCCGGUCGUCGUGUGGUGCAACCCGAACGCGGGUUAUUACGAGACCAUGGCGUUCGAGAGCAGCUGGUUGGAUUUCUAUUUGGCGCAAGGCUGCAGCGUCUUCCUCUUCAACUACAGCGGCUUCGGCAGGUCCGAGGGCCGGCCGACCCCCAAGUCCCUCAUCGCCGACGGC